AUGGACGAGUUGGCGAUCAAACGUUUCCAACAAUAUUUGCAAGUGAAUACAGAGCAGCCCACUCCUGAUUAUGGUAUGAUAAAGUUGUUGGAAGGUAUACUGUGUGUUUUUAGAAAAAAGUACAACGUUUUUGAUUGAAUAUGCUAACGAAUUGGGGUUUGAGACAUGGACAUAUGAGGUGAGUUAUGUAUAACAUUGAAAUUGAGUGUCAUAAUGCUAAAAUCGACCUUGAAUUGCUGAUAAAAUAGCUUUAAAAUGAUAGAAGUUUAAAAAAAUUUUUAUUAUUAAUUUAUGUUUCAGUGUGUCAAAGGAAAGCCGUUUGUGGGCAUGGUACUAAAAGGAAGUGACCCGUCUUUACCGUCUGUGAUGCUGUACUCUCAUACUGAUGUAGUGCCAACAUUUCCUGGUCAUUGGAAGUAUGACCCAUAUUCAGCGCAUCGUGAUGAAAAAGGCGACAUAUAUGCGCGAGGUGCUCAAGAUAUGAAGUGUGUCGGAGUUCAGUAUAUGGAAGCUUUGAGACGGUUGAUAAAAGAAGGCAAAACCUUUAAACGGACUAUUCAUUUGGUAUGGGGACCUGGUAUGUGAUAGCAUAGAGUUUAGUACACGUCUUUGCAUAAUGUAAAAGGGUUUUGUUAAGUUUUUCAUGAGCUAUACGUAAUAUAUUAAGUUAGGUUAACAAGUUUUUUUGGGACGUUUGACUGUUUUAUUAAAUAACGUAUUAUGUUUAGAAGAAGAAGUUGGUGGGAUUGAUGGUAUGGCAUUGUUUGCCAAGACAGAGAAGCUGAAAUCGUUGAACAUAGGCUUUAUUUUGGACGAAGGGUUGGCUACCGAAGACGAUGCUUACAAGGUGUACUACGGAGAAAGGUGUCCUUGGUGUAAGUUGUAAUUAUUUUUUUAGUUUUGUUUUAAAAAUUGAACUGUUAUUUCUUUGCAAUAAAUUAUAUCUUUUAGGUUUUUUAUUGCUGCCACUUUUUACUAUACGGUAUUGUUAUAGGGAUCAAGGUGACUUGUUCAGGCUCUCCUGGACAUGGCUCGAAAUUUAUUGAGAAUACAGCUGGUGAAAAGUUACAGUCAAUUAUCAAUUCGUUUUUGGCAUUUCGCGAGGAACAACGGCUUAAAUUGGCCAACAAUCCUGACCUUAAGUUAGGUGACGUUACUACAGUAAACUUGACCAAAAUUGAAGGCGGAGUACAACAGAACGUCCUGCCGGCCGAAUUUAUUGCUUGUGAGCUGCUUGUUUGUAAAUAGGAUAGUUUUUUUUUUAAUUCUUAUGUAAAUUAACAUUUUUUAGAUUUUGACAUCCGUGUUACACCCACUGUCGAUUUCGAAGUAAGUACAGUAGCGUGCUAUUCUGUGUUUGGUUUAUAUUGUAUAUUUGUUGUUUAAAGCGGCUUAUCUUGUUGAUUUCGGAGAGAUUUGAACGCGCGAUAAUCGCUUUUGUACGAAUUUUUAUGUCAUCAAAAAGAAAGUAAAAUUGGAUUUUAUUGUUUCAGGCAAUGUGACAAUACUUUUUAUGGGAAUUGUGGCUAAUUUGUUAACUAAACCAAGUAUUAAACUUGUAGUUAUGCAGUAAAAUAAUUAAAAAUGUUCAUUUCUAACGCAAGGUCAAUCAUAAAUCUGAUGCACAACCAGACAGUCCUCAUUUCUAAUGAAAACCGCUUUAGGCCUUCGAAAAACAAAUUCAAGAAUGGUGCACUAAAGCCGGUCCGGGUGUGAAGUGCGAAUUCCUGCAGAAGUGUAUGGUGAAACAGUUGACUCCAACCACAAAAGAUGACCCAUGGUGGAAUGCGUUCAGUAGUGUUAUGGAUGAGCUGAAUUGCAAAAUUUCUAAAGAAAUCUUCGUUGGUGCUACUGAUUCGCGGUAUUUGAGAGAGGUGAGAAAUGGAACAACAUAGCUGUAUAGAGCGGUGUACCUUUAGGAGGGGGGGGAGGUAAUUUUAGGUCUAGCAGCACAUAAUUUCAGGCUUGUUACGCGAAGUUUAGGCUUAGCAGCACGUAACUUUAGGCUUAUUACGCAAAUUUAGGCUUAAAAGCACACAAUUUUAGGCUUAUUACGCAAACUUAGGCUUAACAGCACACAUUUUUAGGCUUACUACGCAAAGUUAAAUUUAGCAGCACAUAAUUUUAGGCUUAUUACGCAAAAUUCAGGCUUAGCAGCACAUUAUUUUAGGUUUAUUACGCAAAUUUAGGCUUAGCAGCGCAUAAGUUCAGACUUGUUACGCAAAGUUUAGGCUUAGCAGCAAAUAAUUUCAGGCUUAUUACGCAAAUUUUAGGCUUAGCAGCACGCAAUUUUAGGCUUAAAACUUUAGGCUUAACAGCACAUAUAUUUAGGCUUAGCAUUACCUAAUUUUAGGCUUAGCUGCACACAUUCAGGCUUAUUACGCAAAGUUUAGACUUUUAAUAUAUUACUGUAAUUUUAGCAAGGCUACAAAAGCAUUGGCUUUAGUCCAAUGAUCAAUACUCCUCAACUCCUACACGAUCAUAAUGAGUACCUGAAUGACAAAGUGUUCUUAAGGGGGGGGUUCAGAUCUACGAAAAACUUUUUGGAGCGCCUCGCCAAUGUUUAA